AGAGGCGGAAGUGGCGCCACCGCUUCGUCUCUCACUCACCGGCUGGCUCCUCAGUCCCGCGGCUCGGCCCAUGGCAGCCUAUUCCUAUCGCCCCGGCGCCGGUGCCGGCCCUGCUCCGGGGGCGGUGUUGCCGGACCAGAGCUUCCUGUGGAACGUCUUCCAGAGGGUAGAUAAAGACAGGAGCGGUGUGAUCUCCGACAACGAGCUGCAGCAGGCCCUGUCCAACGGUACAUGGACUCCAUUUAAUCCAGUGACUGUCAGGUCAAUCAUAUCCAUGUUUGACCGAGAGAACAAGGCUGGCGUGAACUUCAGUGAGUUCACCGGCGUCUGGAAGUACAUCACGGACUGGCAGAACGUUUUCCGCACCUACGACAGGGACAAUUCUGGAAUGAUUGACAAGAAUGAGCUCAAGCAAGCACUGUCAGGUUUUGGAUACCGGCUCUCAGACCAGUUUCACGAUAUCCUCAUUCGGAAGUUCGACAGGCAGGGAAGAGGGCAGAUUGCUUUUGACGAUUUCAUCCAAGGCUGCAUCGUUUUGCAGAGACUGACAGACGUAUUCCGGCGCUACGAUACAGACCAGGAUGGCUGGAUUCAGGUGUCCUAUGAGCAGUACCUCUCCAUGGUCUUCAGCAUCGUAUGACCCUGGCCUCCGCAAGGAGCAGGCUUCAGGCGACGACGACGGACGAGCUCCAUGCAGUUAGAUGCUGCUCUUCUUUAAUUCUGUGUAAUUAGCCCUGGGGACCUCACUGUACAUGUGUGGAUAAGCCAAUCAAUGCUUUUGCGAUCUUAGCCGUAGCUGUAUGGCGAUCAGACACAGGUGUUUGGCUCGGGUUCUGCACGGAGGGGCGCCUAGCAUGCUCCUGGGUGUCUCAAUCUGUCGUGGAAACACCUCUCUUUAGCCGCAGGAAUUUUAAGUAACACGGAACUUGCACAUAAGGCUUUUCAUGUGCCUUACUUUUUUAAAAAGGCAUUUAUUGUAUCCGUUGGAAUAUGUGAUGUAAACAAUAAAUGAAUGGUACAGACUUGG